GUAUAAAAAAGCACCUUCCAUCCUGGUCUCACAAAACCUCAGGCUCCUCCUGAGGUGACUUGUCUACUCAUCUUCCUUGAAGAUUUGAAGAGUUAGCUGAGCAAUGUCACAGCAGAAGCAACAACCUCGGGAGCUCCCAAAUGCUCCCAAAUGUCCACCUCCCCAAGGCCCUACCCUCUGUCUGCCUGCCUGCUCAACUUCUUGCAAGAUUUCUUGUUCAGCAGGCCAUUCUACCCACUCCCAAAAGCCAGUGCUUCCGAACACUGCCGGACGCAGAGUAGUUCACCACCCACAGCCCCGCUGUCUCAGGGGUGGUACCACCUACCACUGCAAAGAGGAAGAGUGCUGAGAGACGGUGGAGGGCAUACAGUGACCUCCCCACCAAGUCUAUGAAUUCCACCAGGAAGACUAGACCCACCUCUCUUGGCUUGAAAAAAUACUUCCACCUUUCUCUCUUCUACCCACCCUUUUAGUUCAGCAACAAUAAAAUUGUUCAUGGUG